GCAAGAUUUGCAUGUUUGACCUGGUGGAGUAAUUGGCAGCAACUUAGGCGUGCCCAAAGUCUUAGUUUCACGUAUGACUCACAAGCUGCAACACACAAUCACCCACUUCCCCAAUCCGCAGAAGCCAUUUUAAACUGCACAAACACACACACACAUGCACGCACGCACGCACACAAACACACACACAGACACACCAGUGCUUGGAUUUGUAGGUACCGUCCUAACUUUUGGGGAUCCCCGCCCAGCCACAUCGAGCAAGAAGCGUAGCCAAGAGAGACGUUGGAUUGACAUUGUAAAACGGAUCUGCUAGCAUUGGGGGGCUUUUCAAGAAACAGUGCUGAACGUCACUUCAAAAGGAAUAAGGAUUUCUUCUCCCCGGCUUCUGAGUAACUUUGGCGUCUCCUGGCCCGUGCAAACUCCUCCCGGGCGAUAGUCAAUCCGCUUUCUGGAUGCUGAAGGAGCAUUUUUAAUUCCAUGCUGAAUUGAGACCUUGGAAUGCUCGAGCAUGGCCGCCCUGGUGCAGCAAAAUGAGUUGAUGUUUGAGUUUGCUAGCAAUGUCAUGGAGGAUGAACAACAGCUGGGCGAUCCCUCCAUCUUCCCCGCGGUCAUCGUGGAGCACGUGCCCAGCGCCAACCUCCUGAACAAUUACUCCGGCUUGUCUUGCGUGGCGGAACCCAGCGACAUGAUAACCGAGAAUUCCCUGGACGUGGCGGAGGAGGAGAUUAUAGAAGAUGACGACAUCACCCUUACAGUGGAAGCAUCCUGCCAUAAUGGAGACGAGACCAUGCAGACCAUUGAAGCAGCCGAGGCUCUUCUCAAUAUGGAUUCCCCGGGCCCGAUGUUGGACGAGAAAAGAUCAGAAGCCCACGUCUUUGAAGCCGAGGAUGACGUUGAAGCUGCUCCCAUCACUCACGUGUCGGUUACUCUGGAUGGCAUCCCAGAAGUAGUGGAGGUUCAUCAAAUCCAGGAGACAUUUUCUGAGUCGCCCAACACCCCCGAACAACCAAAGAAGAGAAGAGGGAAGAAACCCAAAGUUCCUCGGCCGGAAUCGCCCAGCCUGACUCCAAAUAUAUCUGUGAAAAAGAAAAACAAAGACGGGAAGGGGAACACCAUUUACCUCUGGGAAUUCCUCCUGGCCCUUCUUCAGGACAAAGCCACCUGCCCCAAAUACAUCAAGUGGACUCAGAGAGAAAAGGGCAUUUUUAAGUUAGUCGACUCCAAGGCCGUCUCCAGGCUGUGGGGAAAGCACAAAAAUAAGCCAGAUAUGAACUACGAGACGAUGGGCAGAGCGCUCAGAUACUAUUACCAAAGAGGCAUUUUAGCCAAAGUGGAGGGGCAACGCUUGGUGUACCAGUUCAAGGAGAUGCCAAAGGACAUCAUCUACAUCGACGACGUAGAUCCCAAUUCCAGCCUCGACUCUCCGGAUUCCGCUUUGCUCUCCACCCCCGGGGCCAACCGGAGCAAAGCCAAGGCUUCUUCCAACCCAGGCUCCAAAGGGUCCGGCCCCCUCUUGAAACUGCCCUUCAACGCCAAAUCCGCCAAGCUGAAGCAGCCCUUGGAGACUGUAGCCCAGCCCCUGCCUUCUUUGACCUCCGAAGUGUUGACGACGAUGCAGUCCAGCCAUUCGCCCCACGCCGCUCAGCUUUAUCGGACAGUCCAUUUAAUGCCGUCGGUCCAGUCCAUCCAGGAAGGGCACGCGGCCGUCACCGGUAACUUGCUGGACGAAUCCCUGAACUCUUCAGUUCCAAACAUCAGGACCAUCCAAACCUCAGGCCAGGUUCCCGUCGUGGUCUCCCCCGGAAACCAGCAACUGCACACCGUAACACUCCAGACAGUGCCUUUAACCACUGUGAUCGCCAGCGCGGAUCCGAAUUCUUCGGCCACACCCCAGAAGUUUAUCCUACAAGCCAUCCCAUCGUCGCAGCCCAUGACUGUCCUAAAGGAGAACGUAGUCCUGCAGUCCUCCAAGUCGGUCUCCCCUCCGUCGUCCAUCGUUUUCAGCCCAGCUCAGGUCCACCAAGUCCUCACCAGCAACGUCCAGACAAUUUGCAACGGGACGGUCAACGUGGCCUCCUCCUCCUCCUCCCCCUCCCCGUCUUUCAGCACCGGCGCCUCCGUAGUAACUUUUACGCCCGGCGGUUCCCAUGGGGCAGCGCCCCAGCCCGCCUCCAACGCCGUCAUCACUUCGGUGAUCAAGGCCCCGGAAACCAAAACCGCCAUGGUGCAAGGGACAGUAAAACUGGAACCCGAAAAUUCGUUCGGGGGGGAGGACGACCCCCCCUUGGAGGCGAGUUUCCACCAACAGCCAUUUGUCGUCAUGGUGUCCGCUUCCAACGGGUUUUCUCCCGCGGUACAUAUCAAAGAGGAAAGCGAACAGUUCCAGCUGCCCAGCCCUUACGAGUAAACAAGAAGAAAAGUCCAAUGUUAUCCUUUCGCGCUUUUUUCCUGAAUGUGAUUGAAACGCCUCCACCAAUUGUGUAUGUAACUUUUGAUUCCAGAGCCAGGCAUUAUAAAGCUACCUUUUUUAGAAAAAAUAAUAAUAAUAAUUCUCGAAAUUAUAUUUUAGAAGUAAACGCUGUAGAGUUGAUUUCCAGCUUUGUGGUUUCCUCCGCCGCAUAAAAUAUUAUAUGUUUUGGGAAAAAAAAAUAUGGCAAAGCAUGAAGGAACAUGCAGUUUAUCUUUUCUUUUCUCUCUCUCUCUUUUUUGAUCACUGUCCAAAAAUUCUAAAUUUCUGUAUUAUUUGUCUUCUCUUGCAUAAUAAUGUAAUCAGUGCUUUCAAGCAAUAGCUAAUUUCAGGAGGGCGUUGUUUUUUUUUUUCAUGCCGUUAUCUGACUUUUUUUUUUUUAAAGUAAAUUCCAAAGAUCUUUUUACUCAAUGUACUUAGAAUAUAUUUUGUUUUAUAUGGAUAUAUAAAGCAAUGGGCGAUCAGAUUCUUCGUUUCAUUCAGUUGCCUUUUGCCCCAGUGAGAAAUCGUUUUGCAAAUUAGAAGCAUUUCCCUUCUAUCAACAAGAUAUUUACCACCACUUAUGCAUUCUAUUUACUAUAUAUUUUCUAUUCUGAGAUGGACAAUAUCUUUGAUAAUGUGGCUCGCCAAAACGGGAGUCAUCACUACAGGUGCAAUUAUUUUUUCAAACCACUUAAAACUUUUUCAGGCAUAAAGAAACGUGCUGAUUUUUUUUUUUUUGCAAUUAUUUUUAUAAGGAAAUGAAAAAUAGAACUAUAUGGGACUUAACCCGAGUAUUUUGAGAUUAAAAUAUUUCUACAAAGUACCUUUUCUAUUGUAAAUAUGUAAUUUAAUUUCUCAAAAAGAUUUUUUUCAUAAGAAAAAGAUAUUUCCAUAGAACAAUAUUUUAUAGAUACAAAUAAGAUUAUUAUGUUUAGAGCUCCAAAGUUAUACGUAUUCAUGUAUUGCAGAGUGAAUUUGUAUUUAAAAGGAAAAAAAAUUAAAUUGUGGGACCUCUUGAAGCUGUUUCCUCUUUUUUUGUAUUUUAAUUGGUUUAUCAUGAAAAUAAAUCAAGUACAACAUCAUGGUA